AUGCCAAUACUCCAAAAGCUGCCAGGCUAUUUGCAAGUUAGCACAUCUGUGCCGCUCACCUCUCUGUUUGCAAGACGAUUCAGCCACCAAGCAGUUAAGCAGGCGGAUAAACAUGUAGCGGAGAAGCCCAGCACAAGCCCGACGAUUCACGAGGAUAUCUAUACGAUACCAAAUUUCCUUACCGUGACACGAAUUGUUGCGAGUCCGGUCAUUGGAUAUCUCAUACUGCAGGAUGCGCAUACUUGGGCCGUCGGUUUGCUGGCCUACGCUGGCUUCACAGAUCUGAUAGACGGAUGGAUAGCGAGGAGAUGGAAUCGCAGAACAGUCGUGGGGACAAUCAUCGAUCCAAUGGCGGAUAAAAUCCUCAUGACUGUAUUGACAGUAUGCCUAGCCAUCAAGGGAGCGUUGCCAAUCUGGGUUGCAAGCAUUAUCCUAGGCAGAGAUGUCGGACUGGCUAUUUCAGCCAUUUACUAUCGCUGGAUAUCGCUGCCACCACCCAAAACGUUCAGAAGAUACUGGGACUUCUCACUGCCUUCGGCCGAGGUCCGGCCUACAACAAUCAGCAAAUAUAAUACCUUCCUUCAGUUGGCCCUGGUCGGUCUAACGACUGCAGCACCGCUCAUAAGUGUUGACCUGGCACCGACGCUGACCAUUAUGCAAUAUGUGGUGGCUACCACUACCAUAUGGAGUGGAGCGAGUUAUGUAUUCUCAAAAGAUGCGAUCAAGAUACUGAAUAAGCCAUAAUUCAAGCGCAUGACAUUAUCAAUAUGUAACAGAAGAAAAAAAACUUGUAAUAUAGAUUUCAUAGGAGAACAAUGGGGUUAGAGGGAAGAAUCCAAUUAAGCCAGGCUGCAUUAUGCUUAUUAUAUACGGAGUAACUGUAUUAAAAAAAGACGAGUGCAUCAUCCC